AUAUUUUUUAAAAUUGUUACUGUUGCACGGAGAACACUUUUCGUAUAACGAUAAUGUUUAUUAAUAGUAAUCGACAUAAUUAUCAAUAUAUAUUGGUGAAUUAUGUAACUCGAUGAAAUUUUAUAUUCUAUUAUUAAGCAAUGUGCAAGUACAUCUUGAAGCUGAAUUCCGUCGAACCGAAUUCAGUUUUGAAGUUAUGAUUAACGAAGAUGUCGAGGAAGAAGUUCUUGCGCUUUACAAAAAUGAAAGGUGGGAGGAUAUCGUUAACUUAGAUUGUACCUUAAGCGAAUUAGAUAAGAACAAAUUAUUUUGGGUGUUACCCACUAUCAACGAUUUGCAAUGGAUGAAAGAUAUAAUUGAUAAAUACAAUAUAGUUGGAUUAGCAAGCAUAGGAUGUGGAUGUGGAUUGUUCGAGUGGUUGUUUCAAAAAUAUUCUGGUUUGAACGUAAUCGGUAUAGAGUUGGAUCACUCGUGGUGGCGCAGUAAAUAUUCUCCACCUUUAUUUUUAGAGAAUAUGAUUUUCGUUCGUGGAAACAGUACGAAAAUUUAUCUACCAGAAAAUUACGCUCUUCUUUUUUGUUAUUUUAACAACGGACCAGCGUUUUGUAAUUAUAUCGAGAAUUAUAAAGGAAAUCUUCUUUUUAUCGUUGGACCCAAAGAUGGUCAAAAUCGUUCGACGGAUCCAAUGCCUUUCGAUGCAAAAUUUAACAAAUAUGGCUGGAAGUUAAUAAGUUAUAAAAACCUAGAACGGACAAAUGAUUGCGUUGCAGUCUAUAGUAAAUAAUUUUCGUUAAUAAUUUAUGGUAUAAUGCUACUUUAAUUAAAAUAUGAUAUCAAGCAACUUUCAUCGAAAAAAGAAAGAAAAUAAAAUAAUUAAGAC